AACCCAAACCCUAGUUUAAACUGAGAGAGAAGAAGAUCCUAGACCUAAAGCAGAAGCAAGAAGCGAGAAGCAGUUUCAGUGAAGAGUGAGACGAGCAGAGCAGCGCAUCAAUGGCGCUGGCUUUCGAUGAGUUCGGCCGGCCAUUCAUAAUCCUGAGGGAGCAGGAGCAGAAGUCCCGAUUGAGAGGCCUCGAUGCUCAGAAGGCCAACAUUGCCGCCGGCAAGGCCGUCGCCAAAAUCCUCCGAACCUCGCUCGGACCCAAAGGCAUGGACAAGAUGCUCCAGAGCCCCGACGGCGAGGUCACCGUCACAAAUGAUGGUGCCACGAUCUUGGAGCAGAUGGAUGUUGACAAUCAAAUUGCAAAGCUGAUGGUUGAACUGUCGCAGAGUCAGGACUAUGAAAUUGGUGAUGGGACAACUGGAGUUGUUGUGUUGGCUGGUUCACUUCUAGAGCAGGCUGAGCGGCUCUUGGAGCGCGGUAUUCAUCCCAUUAGGGUUGCAGAGGGAUAUGAGAUGGCAUCCAGGAUUGCUGUUGAUCAUUUGCAGCAUAUAUCAAAGAAAUUUGAAUUUGGACUGGAAAAUAUUGAGCCUUUGGUUCAGACUUGCAUGACUACUUUGUCAUCAAAGAUUGUCAAUCGGUGCAAGCGUCCCCUUGCUGAGAUUGCUGUCAGAGCAGUUCUUGCUGUUGCUGAUUUAGAGAGGAAGGAUGUGAACCUAGAUUUGAUUAAAGUAGAGGGGAAAGUAGGGGGAAAAUUAGAGGAUACUGAGCUGGUUUAUGGUAUUCUUAUUGACAAGGAUAUGAGCCAUCCACAAAUGCCCAAGCGUAUUGAAGAUGCAAAAAUUGCUAUCUUGACUUGUCCCUUUGAGCCCCCGAAGCCAAAGACAAAGCAUAAGGUCGAUAUUGAUACUGUGGAAAAGUUUCAGACUCUGCGUGUGCAAGAACAGGAAUACUUUGAUCAGAUGGUUCAAAAAUGCAAGGAUGCCGGUGCUACCUUGGUCAUCUGCCAAUGGGGGUUUGAUGAUGAAGCCAAUCACCUAUUGAUGCACAGGAACUUGCCUGCUGUCAGAUGGGUUGGUGGUGUUGAGUUGGAACUAAUUGCAAUAGCUACAGGGGGAAGAAUUGUGCCCAGGUUCCAAGAGUUGACACCAGAUAAGUUGGGGAAGGCUGGCUUGGUUCGUGAAAAAUCAUUUGGUACUACAAAAGAUCGAAUGCUGUACAUUGAACACUGUGCAAAUUCAAGGGCUGUAACCAUAUUUAUCCGCGGAGGUAACAAAAUGAUGAUAGAGGAGACCAAGCGCAGUAUCCACGAUGCUCUGUGUGUUGCUAGGAAUCUUAUUCGGAACAAUUCUAUUGUCUACGGUGGUGGCUCGGCAGAGAUAUCUUGCUCGGUUGCUGUAGAGGCAGCUGCAGAUAAACACCCAGGAGUUGAGCAAUAUGCUAUCAGAGCAUUUGCAGAUGCUUUGGAUGCUGUUCCUAUGGCACUUGCAGAGAAUAGUGGCCUUCAACCUAUUGAAACACUAAAUGCAGUGAAAUCUCAGCAGAUCAAGGAGAAAAAUCCCCACUGUGGAAUAGACUGCAACGAUGUUGGCACUAAUGAUAUGUGUGAGCAGAAUGUCUUCGAGACUUUAAUUGGAAAGCAGCAGCAAAUCUUACUUGCCACACAAGUUGUCAAGAUGAUACUUAAAAUAGAUGAUGUUAUCUCCCCCUCCGAGUACUGAUAGUUUGGCUUGAUACAUUGAUGCUUGCUUCAUCUGACGAAGGAAUUUCUGUAAUGUUUCUUGCUUUUUGGUUCAGAAUUAAUUUUGAGUGACUUGAACCAUAUUGCUUCACUUGAGGAAAACUGGUUGCCUGUAGAUUUGGAGUGGCGUUCACUGAUAUUGUAGCAUCGUCACUCCCCUAUCUUAAUGGAUUGCUUUUUGUUGUA